AUGAAAACACUUUUACUUGCGAUGCUCUUACUUGGAACUUGCUGUACCACUUCUGCCAGGCCAAUCGGCGCAAAAACAGAAACAUAUUCCAGAGAUGGUGUUCUCAAACACCUUCUAAUACAGGCAAAUGAAAAAGAGGAAGCUCAAAGUGCAAUCGAAUCUCAAGAAUCCAAAAUGAAAACGAAAAAACCAAUCAAUCCAACUCGAUUAUACGACAAAGCGAAAAUCUCAAUACUGAAUCGCAAAAAAGAAUUUCACACUAAAAAUGAGAAUGAGCUGAGUAACAUCAUGUAUGGAGGUAAAGCAAAAGUUUCAACAGGGUAUCUGUUCAACAGAAAAAAGUAUAAAGCGAUUGAAGCUCAUACUACUCCUUUAUCAGAUUUUGAAUAUGUAUUUGAUCUACCACCGAAGAAAAAGCAGUACUGA